AUGCCAAUGAAGGUCAUGACACUGGAUAAGCUCAAAAUCCAGGCAGUUCAGGAAUGGCCAGUACCCACAAAGGUCAAGGAGGUCCAGUCAUUCUUAGGUAUUGCCAACUUCUUACGUCAGUUUGUUGCCAACUUCAGCCACAUGGCUAGGCCAUUACAUAACCUAGUCAAGAAGAACACGCCCUGGAAGUGGGAUACUAAGGAACAAGAAGCCUUCCAAGGGUUGAAAGACGCCAUCACUAACGCCCCAAACUACAACACACCCAAUAAGGAGCUUCUAGCAAUCAUUUGCUCCUUUGAGUACUGGCGUAUGUUCCUGGAAGGGACAGAACACCCAAUCACCAUAUUCACAGACCAUUGGAACCUUGAAUAUUGGAAGGAAUCCCAGACAUUCAACCAACAACAUGCACAAUGGCACUUGCUUCUGGCUGGAUAUAACUUCCACAUUGUUUACCGCCCAGGGAAGCAAUCUGUCAUGCCCUAG